AUGUCGACUGUUCUGGGAGUGAGACCUCUAUCAAAGAUUGUGGUCACAGAGGUUGGAAGAAACACAACUGUGGUCACUCUGAGGAUGCUGGUGUCAGAUGUCGCACAACAACAACAACUGGUGGUUAAAGUGAGACUGGUGGAUGGUUCUCGUGCCAGUGAGGGUAGAGUUGAGGUGUUCUACAACGGUGAAUGGGGCACUGUCUGUGAUGACGACUGGGAUAACAACGAUGCCCGUGUGGUCUGCAGAAUGCUUGGUUACAAUGGCUCUGUUUCCUUUUCUGAUGCUCACUUUGGUCAAGGUACUGGUCCCAUUCUUAUGGAUAACGUCAACUGUUCUGGAAGAGAGACCUCUAUCAAAGAUUGUGUUCACAGAGGUUGGGGGAAGCACAAUUGUGGUCACUCUGAGGAUGCUGGUGUCAGAUGUCGCACACCAACAACACCUGUGAGAUUGGUGGGUGGCUCUCGUGCCGGUGAGGGAAGAGUUGAGGUGUUCCAUAAUGGUGAAUGGGGCACUGUGUGUGAUGACAGCUGGGAUAACAACGAUGCACGUGUGGUCUGCAGAAUGCUUGGUUACAAUCCCAGUGGCUCCGUUUCCUUUUCCGGCGCUCGUUUUGGUCAAGGCACUGGUCCCAUUCUUAUGGAUAACGUCGCCUGCUCCGGAAGUGAAACUUCUAUCCAAGAUUGCGGACACAGAGGUUGGAAGACACACAACUGUGGUCACUCUGAGGAUGCUGGUGUCAGAUGUGUCGUUGCAGGGCCUGUCGUAAGAUUGGUGGGUGGUUCUCGUUCCGGCGAGGGAAGAGUUGAGGUGUUCUACAACGGUGAAUGGGGCACUGUCUGUGAUGACAGCUGGGAUAACAACGAUGCUCGUGUGGUCUGCAGAAUGCUUGGUUACAGCGACCGUAGCGCAACUGCAGUCGGUAGUGCUAAGUUUGGUCGAGGUUCUGGAUCUAUUCAUAUGGAUGAGGUGGCUUGUACUGGCAGAGAGAGAUCCCUGAAAGACUGUCUCCACGGUGGAUGGGGAUCAAACGACUGUACACAUUCGGAAGAUGCUGGAGUCAGGUGUUCGCGUUUCCAAAUGUACCAAAUGACAAGUAAGGGCACUAUGAUCUUAGGGGUAUCCCUACUAUUAACGCUUAUUGCUGUCGGUUCAGGGCAACCAGCAAUUAAAGCGAGAUUGGUGGGUGGUGCUCGUGCCGGUGAGGGCAGAGUUGAGGUGUUCCAUAACGGUGUAUGGGGCACUGUCUGUGAUGACGACUGGGAUGACAAUGAUGCACGUGUGGUCUGCAGAAUGCUUGGCUACGACUCAGAGCACGCGUUUUCCUAUUCCGGCGCGUAUUUCGGCGAAGGUACUGGUCCCAUUCUUAUGAAUUACGUCGCCUGCUCCGGGAGUGAGACCUCUAUCCAAGAUUGCAGUCACAAGGGUUGGAUGAUAUACAAGUGUGGUCAUUCUCAGGAUGCUGGUGUCGGAUGUUUUGGUCCAGGAUACAUAACUCUUGGUGGAGUCAGAUUGGUGGGUGGUGCUCAAGAGGGUGAGGGAAGAGUUGAGGUCCUCCAACACAGACCAUGGAGCACUGAAUGGGGCACUGUCUGUGAUGACUACUGGGAUGACAACGAUGCUGCAGUGGUCUGUAGAAUGCUAGGUUACGGCGACGGUGGCGCCAUUGCCUUCACCAGUGUUACCUUUGGCAAAGGUAAUGGAAGUUAUAUAGGAAACGUGGAUUGUAUCGGCAUAGAAAGUUAUCUGGAAGAAUGUUUCUGGACAUGGGAAACAUACAACUGCACGGACAUGGAAGAUGCCGGAGUCAGGUGUUUGGCGGAGGAAACAACGACACCAUCAUUACCAACAGCGGCAACAACUGCUUCUGCACCUAUUUCAGUGCGACUGGCAGAUGGUCAUCAGGAGAGAGAGGGACGAGUAGAAGUGCAGUUAGGAGGUAGUGGCUGGCACAGCCUCUGUGAUGAUGGCUUUGGUGAUGAAGAGGCCACAGUUCUUUGCAGAGUGCUGGGAUAUAGCUACACUGGUGCUGUGGGACUUCAACGUUCAUAUUUCGGCAAAGGCAACGUCCCCGUAGCUCCGUAUACAUUCUACUGCAAUGGCCUGGAGAAUUCGCCUCUUGAAUGUGCUAUUAGACGUCUCUUGGAUGACGAGGCCGAUUGCGACGGCUACCACACCGCAGGUGUGAAAUGCAUGUCUGCAUCCGGGCCUUACGAAGUGCGCCUGAUUAAGGAUGGCGUUGCCAACAGUGAGGAAGGUCGCGUGGAGGUGAGAGAUAGGAAAGCUGGCCACUGGGGAACUAUCUGCAGUGAUGGCUGGGACGCCCGGAGCGCCACAGUGGUCUGCAGGAUGCUUGGGCACAGCCGGUUUAUAGCCUCUGUGAUGGAAGACGGUGACGUCACGCCAGGCAGUGGCGCCAUCUACCUUGAUGACGUAUCCUGUCGCGGAGACGAGCUUUCUCUGGAACAGUGCUACAGCCGUCCUUGGACCGUUCACAACUGCCGCCACGAACAGGAUGCCGGAGUGAGAUGUAUUCUAUUUUAAAUCAGAUGAAUUUACUUUUGUGUGAAAAAAAAUAAUAGAGAGCAAAUUGCACUUCAUGACUUCCACGCAGUGGCACCAAAUCCGAUCCACCUCGAUUUACAAAUAAACAUUUGUUAAGUACCAAGAAGAACUAAUUACACUUAGUAUGUAGUAGUAUGCAUCGACAAACCUGGCGAAAGAGGCCAUGAAACAUCAUGUCUUGUGAAACUUAAGACAUUGUACACCUCCUUUUCUUGA